UAAAUUGUAACACAAUUUAAAUCAUUUGGUAAUUUCCAAAGAUUUACAAUUUAAUCAGUAAAAUCAAAUAUCCGAAACGAAUCACAUUUGAUUCACAUUCAUCAUGAUUAAUAUUCAAAUUCAAUGAUUCAAUUACCAUGAACUUGUUAUCAUUUGAUGCACCAACAAUUUAAUUGUCACAAUUAGUAGCACUGAAGAUUUUUUUAAUCAUCAAUUAACAAUGACAAUUUACGCCUUUAAUUGUUAUCAUUAAUAUAUACCAAUAUUAACUUGAAUACACACACUUUACAAAAGCCAAUCUCAAGUUUGUUUCAACAAUUAGACUAAUUGUUGAAAAGGUAAAUCAUGUUGCCAAAUUUGUUAAUUGUUUUCAUACUUUCUGUUCAAAGUUUAACCAUUUUAAAGGUAAAUUGUGAUUCAUGUCCAGCUCGAGGUAAAAUUGGAGGACCAAUCGUUCCCGAUGUUUUAUCAUUGACCAAAGGACAGUCCGGAUUUUCAGCAAUCGUUGAGAUAAUCACACCUCAACAAGAGUCCAUAAUGGUCAAUGAUAAUUACAAUGGUGCUAAAAGGUUUGGUCAUAUUGAAGUGAACAAAUUAUUCAAUGGAGUUAAAAGUGAAAUAUAUUAUUAUCAUGAAACUAAUGAAAAGUAUGUCAUUGAAAAUGAUGAUUGCCAAUCAGAUUUACUCAAUUUGGACGAUAAGUAUACUACGAUUGGUUCAUGGUUAGUUCCUGAUCAGGUUUCCGAUCAAGCGACACUUUUUGGUGAUAUGGAUUAUCUUGGACCAACUGUACUUAUGAUUUGGGCUAAAAGUGUUAGUGAAAAGGUUCAAUUUGUCGCAACGGAAAAUAUUGACGGAAUAUCAAUGAAACAUUGGUUUCAUUGUCUCAAUGAAAACAUUUGGAUUGACUUUUGGUUUGAUGAUUUAAACAAUUUACCAUUUAGAUUUAGUAUAAGUCAAUCAUCAUCAUCAUCAUCAUCAACAAAUAAUCCACAUGUUUACAAUUUUUUAAUCUUUAAUCCGAUUAAAACAUCACCAAGUGAUCGUGUAUCUUACCCGUUAGGUUAUGCUUGUACUCGGUCGAUAUUUGGUUUACCUCCAGUUCCGUCAUUUUUGCAAAGUGAUUCAUUUUCCUUGGACAUGGAGGCGAUGAUAAGUAAUAGCCAAUUGGACAAAGUGACCAUUUCAUCUGUUCACAUGGUUAAAUAUCAAGCUACUUAUUCAUUUCAGGUAACUGAAUCAUUUAAUACAACACGAAUCAUUCAGAAUCCAAAUCAUCGUGGUCGAUAUAUUGUCGAUGUUUCUUCUGGUCAGUGUCAACUGGACAAUGUUGAUUAUAAGGAAAUUCAAGAGGAUAAUCUGGCCAUCAAAUGGCCUUACCAUUAUGAGGCCAGUUUUAAUUUACUUCAAACUGUUUCCUCAACAAGUGCAGCUUAUGGUUGUUAUAUGGGUCAAGUGGACACAGAUGCUGGACUUAUGGAUAUUUGGGAAGAUAAACUUUUCUCCUUCUUCUCAUCAGGAUACAAUAUGGACGCAGUGGUCAGCUAUUAUUUCCCGGCCAUUGAUAGAUCAUCAAAACCCCAUCAGGCACCAAAUAAAAUAUCAAUUAAACUAGUUAAUCCUCAAGGUUUACCAUUACAACAAGAUUUACCAGAUCAAAUUGAAAUCAAUUUCAUCGAUUAUACUGAACAAGUUAACAUCCAAUUUUCCGAUCAAUUUGAUGUUUCCGGAUGUUAUGAUGGGCCUGGUCAGUUUACAUGGUUCCAAAUUAUCAUGUCAGAUGAUGAUAUAGUCAAGGUCAAGGAUGUCAAUGAGAUACGAAAUUACUACCAACAAAGUCUCACUUCAUUUAUACCGGUAAUUAGAAUACCAGAGAUUGUGGUCAACAUGUAUGACAGUAAUUAUUACAUAACGGGAAAGUUAUUACAACGACCUCCAUUUAUAUUCAACUACGAACCCGAUCCUCAAUAUUAUAUUGAUAAUCCAACAUCCAUUUUGAUUCGAGAUGCACUUGAAGACUGUGGUGAACUUUGUACCAAUGAUCUAAAUUGUAAAGAGUUCUCAUAUUGUUCCGAUUCAACGUGUCAAAUAUUCAGUUCAGCAUCGGCCUACUCAUCGAUCAGCAUGAAAGAUGAAUGUACUUGGUAUAGACGAAGGUCAAUCGAUGUUGGAUCAACAGUGAUUGAGCGAAACAUUUUAGCCUCGUCUAGAUCAAUUCUAAGUCAAAUUAAAUCAAAGGUGAAUAAUGGUCAGUUUAUGAUGACCAAAUAUUCAAUGUCCGCUGUAGACUUGUUCAUAGUUGGUGGACCUGAAGAGAUUGGAAACCUUGAAGAGGAAUUAACCGAUUAUCAAGUUAAUCCAUUGAAAGGUGAUGAAUACACAGUAAUUGCACCAGUUCGUCGUCUAUCAUCGGCCAAUGGUCAAUCGACAGUAUUAGGGGUCAGUUAUUCUGAUUGUCUUAAAUUGUGUCAAAAUGAUGAUGAUUGUUACACUCUCUCUUAUUGUAAUGAUGCUCAUCGUGAGUGUACCUUAAGUAUGGAGACUAAGGAAAAUCUAACAAAAUCGUUACAAGAUAAAACUUCACAUGCAGAUAAUUGUAACAUCUUUGAAAAAUCAUUUGUUGCCUUUUACCGUAAAUUCCCGGGACAAAGUUUGGUUAAAGAUUCAGUGUUAACCUUAUUUGAUAUCGAAGAAUCUGAAUGUGCUAGAGUUUGUUACGAAUCGAGUAAAAUACCUUGUAAAUCAUUUGAUUUCUGUUUACAAUCAACUGAAUCUCAUGGAGAAUCUUCUCAACGAGCGUGUUUCCUUCAUCAAUUUCAUGUAGCUGAAGAUUCAAGUCAUGAAAUAACUAAUCACAUUUGGGAUUUUAGUAAAUCAACUUGUGAUCAUUAUGCAGUUAAAUAUGGUCGAGAUUAUGUUCAUUAUAUUGGACGACAAUAUAAAAUGGAUAAAGUGACAAUAAUUAAGGAGAUAAAUGAUGUAUCAAUGGAAAGAUGCGCUGUUGAUUGUAAUCAAUCAGAUGAUUAUGUUAAUUGUAUUUCAUUUGAAUAUUGUGAGUCAUUUGAAACUCGAGGUUCAUCAAAUAUUAGGACAACCUGUAGACUAUCAUCAACCCUAACUACAGGAGCCAAUGAUUUAUCAUCUCUCGAUUCAUCAUCAACAGCUAAAUCAACUUGUUCAGUUUAUCUGAAUAAGGAUAGAGCAGCUAAAUUGCUACAAUUUAAGGGUCAACAACAAGAUCAUUUUGGAUUAGCAAUUGGAUUGGGAUCAUUUUUUUUCCUUGCAUCAUUCAUGGUGGGAACUGUUGCCUCAAUUUACUAUAAACGUAAAUUUAGCUAAUUCAUUGAUACAAUUAUUUAUACAUCUUAAUCAUUAUCAUCAUUGUAAAUAAAUUUCAUCUUAAUUCAUUAAAACCAGUGAAUGAUAGUUAAACGUCAUCAUUAGACAUUAAA